UUCUCCGGUCUGGCAUUUGGAGGAACCCGCAAUCCAGCAGCAUGGCGCGAUUAUCAGUGUGGGUCCUGCUCGGACUCGCCGUGUUCGCUCUUUCAGUGAAUGAUUUUCGAGUCAAUGCGGAAGCUCCCACGGAAUACGAGUGUCGGCCAUACAUAGAGAAAGCUCUCCAAGAUUUAAAAACAGAGAGCGUGAGUAGUAAAGAGCAAGAAGAAACGAUAGAAGAACCGAGUAGCACGGAAUCUCCGAUAGAUGUUACUAGUCAGGAAGAAGAAGAAAACACUGCCGCUGAAGAGACUAGCCUCGAGGAAGACGUUGCAGCAUCACCCGAAGAGCUAACACCGUCAGAAGAAGUUCAAGAGGCACUAUUUGAUGAUGAUCAACCUGAAGAACCUGAAGAGCCUGAAGAGGCUAGCCAAGAAGAUGAACAAGAUAUCGAAGCAGAGCUGGUCAACGAAGAAGAAUCAGAAGCAGACGAAGGUAAUGAGGAGACAGCUUCAGAAGAAGAUGUCAAACAAGAUGCCGAAGAAUACGAGCCAAUAACUGAUAGUGCGCAAGAAGAAGAAAACGAAGAAGUAUCAGCUGAAACAGAGCCUGAGGAAGAUGAUCAAGCUGAAGCUGGUGAAACUGAACAGGAAUCAGCAGAAGUGGUUGCAGAAGUCGUCUCUGAGGAAGUAGUAAGUGGUGAAGAUGUGGAAACUGUUAUCACUGAAACAAGUCAAGAAGAAGAGAAUGAAGCUCAAGCAAGUGAAGAGCUAAAACAAGAUAUCAGCGAAGAAGUUGAAGAAGAAAUUGAAACCACAGCUUCAGAUGCAGAUGAAGAUGCAUCAGCUGAGGAUACUGAAACAGUAAUAUCAGCUGAAGACGAUGAAACAGUUGACGAAACCAAAACCGCAGAGAGUGAAGAAAUUGCAGAAUCACUCGAAAUCGAAAACAUUGUAACAGAGGAAAUCAGUGAAGAAGUCGUAGAAAAAGCAGAAGCACAACCAGCAGAAAUCGAAACUGACUCGACGGAGGAACAAAAGGAGCAACCGGAGAGUGCCGAAGAAUCUGAACCACUUCCGGAGGAAGACUUGCUACUGGAGUACGAAAUCCCGACGAAUCUUAGAGAUACUUCGCACAUUUACGAGUUGCUAAACAUCAAUGAGGAAGCGGCAGAAAAAGAAAAAGCACUAAAUAAGGUCGCUGAUGUCAUUCUACGCGAUUUGAAGAAAAUUUACGACACCGCUAUUAAGCCACUGGAAGCUUUAUAUAAGUAUCGAGAUCUCAGCAAUCGUCAUUUUGGUGAUCCAGAAAUCUUUUCCAAGCCACUAAUUUUAUUCAUGGGUCCAUGGAGCGGUGGAAAAUCUACGAUCCUUAACUACCUUACCCAGAAUGAGUACACUCCAAAUUCAGUGCGAACUGGUGCUGAGCCAUCUCCUGCUUACUUCAACAUUCUGAUGCAUGGCGAUGAACCGGAAGUUCUUGAUGGCACGCAACUGGCAGCGGAUUGGACCUUUUCCGGACUGCAAAAGUUUGGUCAAGGCCUUCUUGAUCGACUUCGUGGACAAAAGCUGCCAAAUAAGCUACUCGAAAGGGUUAAUAUUGUUGAAAUUCCCGGCAUCUUAGAGGUACGGAAACAAGUUUCCCAAUAUUUUCCAUUCAAUGAUGCCUGCCAGUGGUUUAUCGACAGAGCCGACAUUAUAUUCCUUGUCUAUGAUCCCUCUAAACUCGAUGUGGGCCCAGAAACUGAAGCAAUUCUGGAUCAAUUGAAGGGAAGAGAAUAUCAAACUCGCAUCCUCCUAAACAAAGCUGAUCAAGUCAAGCCAGAAGAACUGCUCCGCGUCCAGGGAGCUCUAAUUUGGAACAUCUCACCGCUCAUGUCUUCAGCUCAACCACCAGUUAUGUACACUGUGUCGCUAUGGUCUAAUCCCUUCGAAACAGGAGCUCCUGUCCGGUUGCUGCAGGCUCAAGAACGGUUUAUGUUACUUGACUUGAGUCAAGCUAUCGAAAAGAGAAUUGAAAAUAAAAUUGCCAGUGCACGUCGUUUUGCUGUACGUGUCCGCAACCAUGCCAAAAUGGUAGAUUGUUAUUUGACAACCUACUACAACCACAAAACGCUGUUCGCAAAUAAAAAGCAUAUUUCGGAUCAGAUAAUUGGAAAUCCUCAGCAGUACCAUAUUUAUGAAGGUCUCUCGACGCUUACCAAUAUUUCCCGGUACGAUUUGCCAGAUCCGGAGGUGUAUCGCGAUUUCUUCCAGCUGAAUCCUCUAUAUGAAUUCAAAAAGCUAUCGGAAACGUGCACCUACUUCCGGGGAUGUCCUAUCAACAAGUUAGAUAUAGCGAUUGCGUACGAUCUACCUGAACUAGUUGGUAAAUACAAAAAGAUGUCCGAAGCAGCUUUGGAUAAACUGAAUGUUCCGUCACCCACUACUGAUUUCGUUCGAGGCAAAUCAAGCAGUUGAGUGGACAAAGCAAAACU